AUGAGCGGCAUGGCUAGUGUGAAUAAGGUACCUCGUGGUGACAAGGAGGCUGUUCUUGAAGCGCGAAAAAGAGAAUUAGAAUUUACAACCACAUAUAUUGAGAAUGCUGUCAUUAGACAGAAGCAGGGAAAGAGCGAAGAUUAUGAAUCAAUAAUCCAAACCUUGAGAAGUAAGCCGGAAACGACAUCGCAACUGCGUAGACUUCACUUAUGGAUUUUAGCGCUGUCGAGAGUAGCUCCAACAUUGUCUCGGUCGUCGUUUAAACUAGUUGACGCUGUGUUAUCUGUUGAUUGGACUGGAUUCGAUGACAUGUUGGCGCAUGUUUAUACGAUGUUUCUAGGAAAUUUGUCAACAGGACAUCCUGCAUUCCUGAAGCCUGUGUUACGAAUGCUGGUAAAAGGUCUCUUAUUACAAACAGAAAUAGAUCUCCACUCAACGUCGAUUGAGAAAAGACAUGAAAGAGUCCAUCACGCACUAAAAUACGUGCUGUCAGCACGUCCGACUGCAUCACUGAAUUUUGUUCCAAUACUGUCAAGCGAAUUUCCUCAUAAAAGCGAGCCACUUGAUGCUCAAGUAGUUUACGUACAGAAUCUUCUACGAUUGCUGGCAUAUGCUCCACAUCUGGAAAGUCAGCUUCUCGAGAAAACAAUACAAAGGAUUAUCGAAAUUGAUGUUGAAAUACAAGGAAGACUGGAAGACCUAGAAGAACUAGAAGAUGAGAUGGAACUAUAUGCAGCAGAAUUAAAUUCAACAACUGAUGAUCAGACAAUAAAAGUUAUUAAAAAAGAUGGUAGCCUUAAGGAUGUGUCCGUCAAUGAUACCAGCAAAGAUAUAACGAAAUUAUAUUCUGAGAAUAAUGAUAUCGAUGAGGAUGAUGAUAAUGUAAAGGAAAUGUCAUACGAUAUAAAAGAAAUGAUGGAAAAGCUGGACUGUAUGAUCAAAUUAGUGCUUGAUUAUAUGCAUUGGCACUACAAAGAUGCAACAGCAGCGAAUGACUUUGCAACCUCAAAACAGCUGCUAGCAACUCUUCUUAAUAUCUUUGAAAAAUUUAUUCUCAGAACAUUCAAAUCUCGAUAUACUCAAUUCAUAAUAUUUUGGUACACUGGGAAAAGCUUGUCCUUUGCUCGUGAAUAUCUAGAUCUUCUCCACAGUAUAAUAACUUCAUCUGAUCCAAUACUGCAUCCAGUGCCUAUAAGAGUAGCUGCUGCAUUGUAUCUCGGAUCUUAUGUGGCACGAGCAAAGUAUUUGGAUGGAGAUACUGUAAGAAGGUCAAUUGGGUUUCUCUCGACGUGGUUGAAGGAAUAUGUGAAGGUGAACGAGUUGACCGUAGGUGAGCCCGAUAAAGUGGCAAAUAGCGUGUUUUAUGCUGUUGUACAGGCGACUAUGUAUGUUUUUUGCUUUCGGUGGAAAGAUUUGAUGGUAGAUAUUGUUUGCAAGGAUGGUAUUACGAGACGGAGAUGGUGCAGUGAGUUAACACCGUUUCCUUAUGUGCUUGCUUCCGCGUACAAACCACUUGAGAUCUGUUCCAGAAAUAUAGUAAAACAAUUUGCUCGCAUAACCAAUGCGCUUGAUUUUAUGUUUGUCUACAGUCUGAUGAGCGACUAUGGCGAGUCUUUACUAUCUUCAGAUGGAAACGACGAAUGGAGAAAGGACGAUAAUUUUUCUACGAAUUUAGAUGAAUUUUUAUUUUUUCCAUUUGAUCCGUUUCGACUAAAAAACUCUCAGCCUUAUCUUGAAGGAAUAUAUCAAUACUGGGAAGAAAUUGAUGGAGAUGAGGAAUUGGAAGAGGAUUGGUUGACUGAGGAGAUGGUUUUGGAUAAUGUUGUCGAAUGGUGA